CUUGCAGACAUUCGCUCGCUAGCCGUCUGCACCUUCCGCGACUACCAAACCUCACUCACUUGUCGUCGUCGACACCACGCUUCCGCCCUACACCGCGCGCCAGACCCGCCGUAACCCGACCGACAUCGCACGUUUCACCCCCAGCCAACAUGGGCUUCGGCGACUUUCAGACGAUUUGCGAAAAGGCUCCGCUGCCGCUAUGCGCUCUUGUGGGUCACCAGGACAUCAAUAAUGGCGUCGGCAUUCAGACCGAGUGCUAUGCGCGGACGGUCGAGAUUGCGAAUACCCUCAUCUUCGAGACGGCCAACGACUUUAUGCACAUCCUGGCCAUGGUCAUGACAGUCGUCAUGAUUAUCCAUGUGCGCUCUAAGUUCACGGCUGUUGGCCGAAAGGAGAUCACGUCGUUCUUUUACAUCUACCUCUUCCUCACCAUCAUAUCGCUCGUCCUCGAUGCCGGUGUCGCCGCCCCUGGUUCUGCCGCUUACCCCUACUUCGCUGCCGCCCAGAACGGCCUCGUCUCUGCGCUAUGUACCUGCUUGCUGAUCAACGGCUUCGUCGGUUUCCAGCUCUACGAAGACGGCACAACACUAUCAGUAUGGCUACUACGUCUCUCCACCCUCGUCAUGUUCAUCGUCGGCGGUGCUGUGAACCUCUUGACCUUCAAGGGCUGGGCCGGACUGAACCCCGGAAACCCUAUAGCUAUUUUUGUCGUUACUUACAUUGUCAACGCCAUUUGCCUCUUCGUCUACGCUGUCAGCCAGAUUAUUCUGGUUGUUGGAACCCUUGAAGACCGCUGGCCACUCGGUGAUAUUUCGUUUGGCAUCUUCUUCUUCGUUAUUGGUCAGGUCAUCCUCUACGUCUUCAGCGACACCAUCUGCGACCAAGUACAGCACUACAUCGAUGGCCUCUUCUUCGCCACUAUUUGCAACCUGCUCGCAGUCAUGAUGGUCUACAAGUACUGGGAUUCCAUCACUCGCGAAGACCUCGAAUUUUCCGUCGGCGUCAAGCAACACAACUGGGAGAUCAAAGAGCCCUUGGACUACGAAGACAAGCGCGGCACUAUGUACCAGCAAUCCGAGUACGAGCCAUCACUAUAUCAGCAACCAUACCACCCGCGCAACUCGCACUACUCCGCCGUUGGCCACUGAGCUUACGAUAACCUCUCGCCUCUGUUUUUCCCUCAAUGAUAUCUGUUUUUCACAUACCUUUAUACGCAUGGGAUGGAGUUUAUGGCGUAUACAUGCUUCGGCAAAAUGUUUCGGCGCCUUUAUGGAAUGACUUGGGAGGAUACAGUGGCUGCGAAAGCACCUGGUAAUGUGCUUCCUUACAGCCUUACGCAGACGCAUUUACGACCAUCUUUAGCGCUUAUAUAGUAUAUAGUAAUACCACCUCUCUUGACUCGACC